AUGAUCAGGGCUUCACGGAGCAGUCUGCCAAUGCUUUCCGAGGAAGAUCUGAUUGGUUCGGGCAUUAAUAUCAAUGUUGAGCAUUAUAUGGAUACAUCGGAUAGCAGCAAUCUUGUAACUGCCGAGAGUCGCCGUGAUAUCCAGGCAAGUGCUAAUAUGAUGGAAGAGCCAACGCAAGAGGAUUUACCGACUCAUUUGGAUUUAUCGCAAAGCUCAAAAGAAACGGGUACCUAUCCACGUCCGGUGACAGCAUUGCAUCGGAUCGCUACAUGUCUUCGUAAACUUACAUAUCUUGAUAUUUCAUCGACAAAUCUCGCUUCACCGCCAACUGCAUCCGACCGACCUUCAAACGGGGUUGCCACAAUCAGAUCCGAUAUUUAUGGAUUACGUUGUCUGAGAGAACCACUCGAUUAUUUAGGCUUGUUCAAUUGUGAUAAUGCUUCACAUUUCGCCGAAAUUCCUGCACUAGCGUCUCGACAUAAAGAUGCCCUGCAUCUUGUGUUACGUGCAAUGCAGCAACAUCUACAGGACAGCACAUUGCAAAUUGCUGGAUCAGCCUCAUUGUUCUACUUGAUUCGCAAAGUGAACAUGAACAGGGAUACAAAACGAAAAGUUGUCACAGUACUGCUCAACGGAAUGGAUGCUCACGUCGAAGAGCAGGUAAUGGUUCGUAAUUGCUGCCUCUCACUUUGUCAAUUCGAAAUACCGGUGGAAAUUUUGUUCGAUUAUGGCCGUGUGGCUCGUAUGCUUGUUGCGGUGCUGCAGAAACACAACGGCGAUCAUCUGACUCAACGAAUCGUAGUUUUCCUGCUCAAUUCAAUGGCUUGCCAUGUGGAAGGCGAGCAAAAAGUUCAAGUGGGCAAAUUUGGCGCAAUUGAGGUAUGA